AUGGCGCCGCUCAAAAUAUCCAUCCGCGGGGUAGACGUGGUGGUCACGGCCCAGCCGCUGGGAGCCAGCGCCUUUGCGCCCUUUGGCGAGGUUAUUCAGAACCCCAGGCCUGGCCUUCACCCCUCCAAUUUCGCCGCUGCCGGUCCGCUGCCCUUGGCCGCCGUGUCGGCAAACCAGGGCUCUGCCAUCAAGUACCAGCAUGUCACCCGCAUGGUGAACACGUACGACCAGGCCCCGAGCGGCAGGCCUGGCGUCGCCGUCAUGAACAUGUUCGUCUGCGCGGCGCGGAAGCUGGGGACGAGCCAGAGCACAUCUCACAGCACCACACCGUCCUCCCGCAUUUUCGAAGUGGGGAUACUCGAACGCCAUCCCUAUACAACACAGACCUUUACUCCGCUCAGCACGUCCGGCCCUGCCAGCCCGCUGCUGGGCGAGCACGGAUAUCUCGUUAUUGUGGCCCCUGGGCUCCAGACCCCCUCGGGCUCAUCUGCCGGCCGAACGCCCAGCCAUACAGAGGCCACCGCGCAGACAGGCCGUGGAAUCCACUACAACAGCCAGGCCCAGAGCCAGCCAGAUCUGCAGCGGCUCAAGGCUUUUGUUGCAACGACAAACCAGGCAGUCACCUACGGUGCCGGUGUGUGGCAUGCGCCCAUGGUGGCCCUUGGGCCCGAGGGAUCAACGGUCGACUACGUGGUCACCCAAUUUGCUAAUGGAGUUGGGAUUGAGGACUGUGAGGAGGUGGUCAUGGAAUCUCCAGAGAACAAUGGGCAUAUCUUGGUUGAGCUGCCGCCGUCGUCCAGCUCCAAAGCUUCUCGGCUUUGA